GGUCAGGGAAUUUGAGUGAGGAAGGAAGGAGGAGGAGGGAAAUAACAAAGAGACAACAUCUAGAAGAUCUAGGAAAAAAUGGGGGAAUAGAAGAUCAGGCAGUUAACCUCCUGUUUACUCUAGAUGAACUGAAAAGAGCAAUUAGUAAUUUAAAUAAUACACUGUCGUCUCCAGGAAAAGAUCAGAUCACAAAUAUAAUGUUGAAACAUCUUAAAGAUGGGGCUAUGGGCAAAUUUUUAGAUUUGUAUAAUAGAGUAUGGGAGGAAGGAAGAUUACCAAAUGCUUGGAAAGAAGCUAUAAUAAUUCCAAUAAGAAAGCCUGGCAAAGAUCCUUCUAAACCAUCUAAUUAUAGGCCAAUAGCUCUUACUUCGAAUAUAUGUAAAUUAAUGGAAAGGAUGGUUACAGACCGUUUGACAUAUUUAUUGGAAAAGAGAGGAAUAUUAACUAAAUAUCAAAGUGGUUUUAGAAAAGGAAGAGGAACAAUGGACCCUGUUGUAUGUUUGGAAAAUGAAAUUAGAAAAGCUCAGGUAAAUAAAGAAUCAGUAAUUGCAGUAUUUUUCGAUGUUGAGAAAGCAUAUGAUAUGAUGUGGACGAAGGGACUUUUGAUAAAACUGAAAAUGAUGAAUAUAGAUGGAAGAAUUUACAAUUGGAUUAAAGAUUUUAUGGCGUACAGAAGUAUACAGGUGAGAAUUGGAAAUGAAUUGUCAAACAGAUGUGAGAUAGAAAAUGGAACUCCACAAGGGAGUGUUAUAAGUCCAUUAAUUUUUUCCAUAAUGAUUAAUGAUGUAUUUAAUCAAGUACAACAGCAAGGUGUAGGUCGAUCUCUUUUCGCUGAUGAUGGAGCUCUAUGGAAAAGGGGAAGGAAUAUUUUGUAUAUUAAUGGAAGGAUGCAAGAAGCAAUUCGACGGGUAGAAGAAUGGGCAGGUGAUUGGGGAUUUAAAUUUUCAGUAGAAAAGACUAAGACUAUAAUUUUCUCUAGGAAAAGGAUUAUACCAGAAAUAAACUUGAAGAUGUACGGGAGGUCCUUAGAGAGAGUUAGAGUUUUUAAAUUUUUAGGUAUUUAUUUUGAUUCAAAACUUACAUGGGUGGAUCAUAUAAACAAAGUUAUUGAAAAAUGUCAGAAGGUAUUAAACAUCAUGAGAUGUGUAAGUGGAGUGGCAUGGGGGGCAAGUUUUUUGUCAUUAAAAACUAUUUAUGUGGCACUGAUCAGAUCUGUGUUUGAUUAUGGCAGUGUGGUAUAUGGUUCGGCUUCAAAAACCCUGUUGGAAAAACUGGAUAAAAUACAAGCCCAAGCUUUGAGACAGUGUUGUGGAGCUGUAAAAACGACACCCAUUCCUUCUUUACAAGUCCUGUUAGGGGAGAUUCCACUGGAAAUGAGAAGGAAACAAUUAAUGAUCAAUUACUGGGCUAACCUCAAGGGUCAUAAAGAUGAUCAUCCUACAAAAAUGGUUUUAAUGAAGUGUUGGGAACAAAAUAAGUUGAGUAGAAAAAGUUUUGGAUGGAGUAGUGAAGCGUAUGUAGAAGAAAUGGAGGUAAAUAGGUUUAAGAUGAGCCCAACAGUUGUGAUUCCUGAAAAUGAACCAUGGAGUUAUAUAACUCCCCAUAUAGAUUUACAGUUGUUGGAAAUUAAAAAAGCAGAAAGAAAAGUAGACAUGUCUUCAGCAUUCUCUGAACAUUUUAGAACACAAUAUUCUCAAUACUUACAAAUAUUUACAGAUGGCUCAAAAGAUCCAGAGCGAGAGACAACUGGAGCUGCUUUUUUAGUUCCUGACUGGGCUCAUAGUAUAAAGCGAACAUCCAAUCAUUUGGCAGUAUAUACUGUUGAAAUGAUAGCAAUACUCUUGUCCUUGCAGUGGGUAGAGGAUUAUAAACCUGGAAAGGUUUUAAUUUGUUCUGAUUCACUCUCAGUUUUAAAAAGUCUAAGGUCUUUUAAAUCCAGUCAUCAAGAUAUUCUUUUUAGUAUUUUACAGAUAUAUUCAAGAUUGGUUCAGAAUGAUAUUUUAAUCAGUUUUAUUUGGGUUCCAUCACACGUAGGUGUAAAGGGAAAUGAGGACGUAGAUAAGUUAGCAAAACAAGCUUUGCAGAGAGAAGAAAUAGAAUUACAAGUUCCUCUAAGCAAGUCUGAAAUUAAGGUUUUAAUCUGGAAAAAGGUUAUUGCAGAAUGGCAAAUAAAGUGGGACAAUAACGAAAAGGGUAGAUUUUUCUACAAUUUAAUUAACAAAGUAAGUCAAAAAAUAAGACAUAUUGGUAAAACAAGGAAAGAAGAGGUUGUUUAUAAUAGAAUAUUGUUGGGACAUUCCAAUCUUAAUAGUACACUCAAAAUAUUAGGGAAACAUCCAAAUGGACUAUGUGAACAAUGCAAAGUAGAAGAAACAGUAACCCAUGUAAUUCUUGAAUGUAAGAAAUAUGAGGAAGAAAGAAGUAAUAUGAUAGUUGAAAUCAAGAAGAAUGGAAUUCAGGACGGGAUUAAUAAGUAGAAUGUAACUCUCUGUUCCACACUCCGGAGCAGAAGGUGGCGGUAAUGCACCUAAUUACGCUGGUUGCCAGCCGCCGUUAAAAGCCAAGAAGAAG